GUAAUGUGGCGGCUGGUCGUCGCGUGGCUCCUGAUUGGAGCACUUGAUGCUGUCGAUAGACAGAAUUUUAAAACUUGCGAACAGUCGGGAUUCUGCAAGCGUCAUCGAGCGGUCACAUCGCCAACUGGAUAUGAAGUUGUUGGUGAUUCCGUGAAAACAAACGAAACUGGACUUCAUGCUCUUAUCAAGAACAAGGAUACGACAUUGCGGUUGAGCAUUGUUGCUUUGAAGGAUUCAACGGUCAGAGUGGUCAUUGACGAGAACGAUGGGGCUUUGAGAAAACGUUACCAACCAUUGGAAGCUUUGGUUGACAGAGAGCCCGCGCAGCAAAAAGUUAAGAAAAUAAAAGAAGAAGCCACUGCGACCAAAGUCUUGACAACUGACGGAAACCGCAUAGUCCUCCAACAUAAACCUUUCCGCAUCGACUUUUAUGUUAAGGACAAGAUUGUCUCCUCUAUCAAUGCCAAAGAAACUCUUCACUUUGAAGCUUUCAAAAAGAAAGUUCUGUUAUCAGACAGAGAAAAAGGGUUCUGGGAGGAGACCUUCAAAGAGAUCAAGGAUACCAAGCCACAUGGGUCCUCUUCUGUCGGGGUUGAUAUUGCUUUUGUUGGUGCUAAACAUGUAUUUGGUAUCCCGGAACAUGCAGAGAGCUAUUCCUUGAGAGACACAAGAACUUAUGAACCUUAUCGCCUAUACAACUUGGAUGUUUUCGAAUACGAAACUAACUCCCCAAUGGCUCUCUACGGUUCUAUCCCAUAUCUUGUUGGAGUUCACCAAAAACGGUCUGUUGGAGCACUUUGGCUUAAUGCGGCUGAAACUUGGGUGGACAUCGAGCCGACGACCGCUGACAAAGGUGGAUUGUCAAAAGAGGUUCUUGACGCUGACACUAAACCUAGACAAGUUCCCCAGCAUAAUGCUCGUUUCUAUUCCGAAUCAGGCCUUAUUGAUGUGUUCAUCACUCUUGGCCCACAACCAAAUGACAUUUUCCGUCAGUUAGCUGCUUUGACAGGAGUUACACCACUUCCACCAGCAUUUGCUCUAGGUUAUCAUCAGUCCAGAUGGAACUACAAAGAUCAGAAAGAUGUGAAAGAAGUUCACGAUGGAUUUGUUAAGCAUGACAUUCCAUUAGAUGUCUUAUGGUUGGAUAUUGAACACACCGACAAUAAGGCUUACUUCACAUUUGACAAGGAUGCCUUCGGAAAGCCAGAAGAUAUGAUAAAGGAUCUCGCUGAUAAGAACCGCAAGCUAGUUACAAUCGUUGACCCACACAUCAAAAAGGAUUCCAAGUAUUACAUUUACAAGGAGGCCAAGAAAAAUAAAUACCUCGUGAAAGACGCCAAAGACACAAUCUACGAGGGUAACUGUUGGCCUGGAGACUCCACAUACAUUGAUUUCAUCAAUCCAAAAGCUAGAAAGUGGUGGUCUGAGCAAUUCGCUUUUGAUAAAUACAAGGGAACCACUAAAGACGUUCAUAUCUGGAACGAUAUGAAUGAGCCAUCUGUUUUCAAUGGACCAGAAAUCACCAUGCACAAAGAUGCAAAACAUCACGGAGAGUUUGAGCACAGAGAUGUGCACAAUGUUUAUGGAUUCCAUCAACACUCGUCGACAUUUGAAGGACUGAAGGCUAGAAGUAAUAAUGAAGUGAGACCGUUUGUUCUCUCCAGAUCUUUCUUUGCUGGAUCUCAGAGAACUGCUGCAGUAUGGACAGGAGACAACAAGGCCGACUGGGCUCAUUUAAAACAAUCUAUUCCCAUGCUUCUUUCCCUCUCGACUGCUGGUCUGCCAUUUGUUGGGGCUGAUGUUGGAGGUUUCUUUGGAAAUCCUGACGAGGAACUGCUUGUUAGAUGGUACCAAGCAGGAGCUUUCCAGCCAUUUUUCAGAGGGCACUCUCAUCAGGACACGAAAAGACGGGAGCCAUGGCUGUUUGCAGACAACACAACUGAAGCUAUUCGCAAUGCUAUAAAAACCAGAUACGCAUUCCUCCCAUACUGGUACACUUUGUUCUAUGAGCAUGCUAAAACCGGAAAACCAGUGAUGAGACCAUUCUGGAUGGAAUUCAUUGAAGAUGAGCCUUCAUGGGAUGAAGAUAGACAAUGGAUGGUUGGAAACGGUCUUCUAGUGAAGCCAGUUCUUGAAGAAAAGGUCAAAGAGCUCUCAAUCUACUUGCCGGGAAAACGUCAAGUAUGGUAUGAUUGGGAGACCCACAAGGCACGUCCAUCGCCAGGAGCAGUCCAAAUUCCCGCAGAGUUAAACACAAUCGGUCUUUACCACAGAGGAGGUACAAUCAUUCCAAAGUUGUCAGAAGUGAAACUGACUACCAAGGAGAACCACGAGCAACCAAUUAUUCUCUACAUUGCUGUCAACCAGAAAGGAGAUUUCGCCAAUGGAACAAUUUAUUUGGAUGAUGGAGAGUCGUAUGCUUACGAGAAGGGAGACUUCGCAUAUUGGGGAUUCACUUUCAAGAGAGAACACGACUACUUGCACACAAUCACCAACAAGAAUCUUGACAAGAAGGGUAAAUUUGACAGUGACGUCUACAUUGACAAAAUUGUCAUUCGUGGUGCCAAAUUCUACCCAAGAAAUGCUCACAUCUUCCUUGACGAUUUCUCGCCAGAAGACCUUGAAUUCGAGUUUAAUCGUGACAAUUUCUUGAUGGAAAUUGCUAAUCCAGGAGCUUUUGUCACCAGAGAGUUCAGAAUUGAUAUUCAUUCUUAAUUUAUCAAUUAACUAGAACUUAAAUAAUUUAAGUUUAUCUAUUCUCAUCAUAAUUUACGGUUUUUCCUAUUUUUUCUCCAUCUUCUUUAAAUAUAAAGUAUAGUUGUUUGGUCAAA